AUGUCCCGUAUCGAGAACGAGAGUGGAUUUUUGUCUUCUGAUGCCGCCAGUGUUGGAUCUGAGGAUGACUUGAAGGUGGACUUGAAGUCUGAUGUCAAGAAGACAAACGGAGUGAAUCCCAAGGAAGAUCAUCUGAAGUCAAUGCGCAAUGCUUAUGAGAGCAUUAUUCAACAUGUCGGAGAAGACAUUCACCGACAAGGACUCUUGAAGACUCCAGAGCGUGCUGCCAAAGCCAUGAUGGCGUUCACCAAGGGAUACGACGACCAACUCGAUGAACUUCUCAAUGAGGCUGUCUUCGAUGAGGAUCACGAUGAGAUGGUUAUUGUGAAAGACAUUGAAAUGUUCUCUCUUUGCGAACAUCAUCUGGUUCCAUUCAUGGGAAAGGUUCACAUUGGAUACAUUCCAAAUAAAAAAGUUCUUGGACUCUCAAAACUCGCUAGAAUCGUUGAAAUGUUCAGCAGACGACUUCAAGUACAAGAACGUUUGACCAAACAAAUUGCCACUGCCAUGGUUCAAGCAGUUCAACCAUCCGGAGUAGCUGUCGUUAUUGAGGCUUCCCAUAUGUGUAUGGUGAUGCGUGGAGUCCAAAAGAUCAAUGCAUCGACCACGACUUCUUGCAUGUUGGGAGUGUUCCGUGAUGAUCCAAAGACCCGUGAGGAGUUCCUCAACCUCAUCAACAAGCGAUAA